UUUCAUUAAACUCGCUGAAGCGUUAUUUGUGCUCGCAGCAAAGUUUAGUCUUCAGCCUUAAAUCUGUUACGACUCUUAAUAGUCACGGACUCGUACAUUAAAUCAGAAAUACCAUUUUCUACCCGAUAUCUUAAAAGAUCAAGGAUUUUCACUAAUCAGCCAAGCACUGCUUGAAGGAAGACCAUUCUUAUGGCUGCUUUAGCGAAUAGCUCGGAGACCGACCUGUCUAGCAGGCCACAAGACAGAGAUAUCAUGAGCCUAAAUUAUAUGAAAGAUUUUCCGGCGGGUCCAUUAGAUCAGUAUAGAAGUAAAGCCUCCUUCAGCUGGAAAACAAUGCGCCUUUUCUUAGACGGCGAAGACAUCAUAAGGUAUAAGGAUAAAGUAUGGACUACACUUGAGCAGGACCCAUUAUUUUCUCGAGGCUACUCAACACCACCUAUCCAAGAGUUGCGAAGGCUGUCAUUUCUGCGUGUUCGUAGAAUAUUUGAGUAUGACUUUCUGCCUGAUGAGGAACUCUUCUCAAACCCUCUUAAGCAUCAGGUGCUGACAAACUGUCUUGGCAGCUAUGAUUGGACAGUUGCUGCCAAGCUGUCACUCAACAAUGAGAUGUUUGGGGGCACCAUACAGUCCACAGGGUCAGCUAGACUGUCCAAAAUUGUUGAGGAUAAUCAGAAGUUCAAGAACUUUGGAUGCUUUGCCUUGACAGAACUGUCUCAUGGCAGCAACACAAAAGCCAUGAGAACCACAGCCACUUACGAUCCCAAAACAAAGGAGUUUCUUCUGAACACUCCUGAUUUUGAAGCUACCAAGAUAUGGGUGGGCAAUUUGGGUAAAAUUGCGACACAUGCAGUGGUCUAUGCUCAGCUGUUUACCCCUGAUGGAAUGGGUCAUGGUCUACAUACAUUUGUUGUGCCAUUGCGGGACCCCAAGACCUUAUUGGCACUGCCAGGUGUUUUUGUGGGUGACAUGGGAGAAAAGUUAGGGCUGAAUGGUCUAGACAAUGGAUUUGUUUCAUUCAACAAUGUCCGUAUUCCUCGUGAAAACUUGUUGGACAAGUUUGGAGAUGUGUCCCCAAGUGGGCAAUAUAUCACGCCCAUUAAGGAUCCAAAUAAACGGUUUGGUGCCUCAUUGGGUGCCCUGUCAGGGGGACGAGUUGGAAUCACUGCCAUGUGUGCGGCCAACUUGAAAACCUGCAUGCCCAUUGCCAUUCGUUACUCAGCAGUUCGACGCCAAUUUGGACCAAAAGACAAUGAGAUACCUGUUCUAGAGUAUCAGCUGCAGCAAUGGCGACUUCUUCCAUAUCUGGCAGCAACAUAUGCAUUGGAGGUGUUCUCCAUGUCUUUCUUUAUGGACUUUGCUUCAUUGCGGAUUGGUAUGAUGAUGGGAGACAAUAGUGAGAGACAGGCUGAGCUGGGCAGAGAAGUUCAUGCACUGUCCUGUGCUAGUAAGCCUUUGGCCAGCUGGACAGCUCGUAAUGCCAUUCAGGAGUGUCGUGAAGCAUGUGGGGGCCAUGGCUACUUUAAAGUGAAUCGUCUGGGUGAUCUUCGCAAUGACCAUGACCCUAAUUGUACAUAUGAAGGAGAUAAUAAUGUCAUCUUACAGCAAACUAGCAACUUCCUGUUAUCUGUGUUGGAGGUGGCCAGACAGAAGAAGGGUCAAGUUUUGGAGACACCAUUGGGCAGUGUGAGUUUUUUGGGGGAGAUAGAUAAUUGGCUGGACACUCGUUUUGGUGCUCAGACUGUCAGCAAGUGCCUGGACCCUGCUGUCAGCCUUGACGCUUACAAAUGGCUUGUGUGUCGACUGCUUAUGGACAGUGAGAAAAAGCUUCAAGAGCAACUAGCAUCUGGCAAAGAUGGAUUCACUGCACGGAAUGAUUCCCAGGCCUAUUUCUGCAACACGUUAGCACUGGUAUACAUAGAGCAUGAGGUUCUUCGACGAUUCAUUGGCAUUCUGGAUGAGAAAAAUGGAGAGAAAACACCAGAUGAGCUUCGUUCAGUGCUUAGGCGCAUGGCUGCAUUGUUUGGGCUUUGGAGCCUUGAGAAACAUUUAGCAACAUUAUAUCAGGGAGGUUACAUAGCUGGAAGUGAACCUCCACGCAUCAUCCGGGAAGCUAUACUGCAGCUGUGUCUAGAGCUUAAAGAUGAUGCUGUCAGCCUUGUAGAUGUCAUAGCACCACCAGAUUUUAUACUGAGCUCGCCCAUUGGCUCUUCCGAUGGAGAGAUCUACAAGAACUUAUACGGAGCCAUGAUACAAGGGGAGCAAACUCUUGAGCGACCAGCAUACUGGCAGGAUUUUGUCAACACUCCUGUAAAAGGAAGUGCAAAAUCCAAGCUGUGAGGCGCCACUACCAUUUACAUACUACUGUUAUUUGCUUUUUGUUCACUAUAUGGAGAACAUAUCAGAACAUACAAGGACAAGAAAAAUGUGCUGGGAUUUUAUAAGGAAUGAUGUAAAUGUGAAUUUGGAAAGUAAGUGCAUGAUGGUCUUUUAAGCAGGAUAAUUUCAGUCAGCAAAUCAUGUUGAUUUUGGUAUUUCAGUUAUAUUGCUGUAAGCGUCGGUCAUAUCUUUAAUCCUGUGGGUAUGGACCUUAACCUUUGACUCAGCUGUAAACAAAUUUCAAGUUUAUAAGAAAUCAAAGAAUAAACAUUACUGAAAAUAAAUUAAAAUUAAAAAGUGAGCUUUUUCUACCUCAUCUCGUUGUAAAACAACACUUUCAUGCAGAUCCAAAUAAGAUUAGGAAUAUCCAGUUGCAUUAAAAAAUAUUGGGCACAGGUUUAUGCACGAUUGAUCGGUGCAAUGCCUAGUCCUGUAUUCAGUGGACUGUAAUGGUUACUUACACCAUAUAAAAAUGAAUAAACAUAACACAUGAUGGUGAAUUACAAGUUUAGUGUCGAAAUAAGUUUCAAAAUGGUGAAAAACUUGUCUUUGCUUACCUGUGCUCUUGUUUUCGAAAAGUACAUUCAAAAAAAUUCUAAUCUUUAAAUUUUUGUCUUCCUUUUCACGUUAAGGGAUGUAAUGCUAUUCAAAUGUGGUUCACCUAGUUAAAUGAUUGGAUUUAGUCUGUUUUUAUUUAUGUAGUUUUGAAGCAAAAAUUAUUAAUGAAUAUGGCGGACACAGUUGAGUGGCUUGACCUGGUAAUUGCUGAAGGUGCCAGACAUAUUUGUCCUCCAUAGGUUCAAAGAGUUAAAGGCCUGUCCAGAAGUUGGUGUUUCUGACUAAAGUAGAAGCCUGUGAAAUCAAGGGCUAGGGAAAUACAGACUUGACUAAUCAUCGCAUAUAUUAGAGGGUGCUUAUUGUCCUUCAUUUUUAUGUUUAAAUAGCAUGAUUUGUGAUUUUAAGCUGUUUUACAUUAUUUUUAGGAAAGCUUUUUAAAAACUGAACUACAAAACUUACACUACAAGGCAUGCUUUUUAGUCUACAGAUCAUUUCUGUUGGAAUACAAUAUGUACCCCAUCAUUCUUAUAUUCAUAAAAUCACAGUAUAGAUGUUGUCAAAUUUAGGUUUGAAAAAUCUACACAAAGCCUGCCAUGACAUGCAUAACCUUUUAAACAUGUUGACACCAGUUGAUGUGUAUUUGCUCAAAAUCACAAUUUGAAAUGUAAAAUGUUGCCAAUCUACAUGCAGUCCUUUAGCCUCCAUAUCUUCUGUAAACUCAUGUACAAGUUACAUGCAAUUUGUCCAUAUAUGUCCAUGACCAAUGUCUUGAUUCAAACAGCAAAAUUUUACAGUCCUUAAAUGUAGGCCAAAAGUGGAAAUUUGUGAUGAAAACAUGGUCCAAAAAUAGUUGCAGUUUCUUCCACUUAACCAGCUUCCAGUCCCAUCAAUUUGAAUGGUGCAGUUGGGCUCGACUUUUGUGGAAAUACAUUUGUAUUUUUUUUUCACUUUGACAUGAUCAUAGAAAUGUUCCCAUCUCUCUACUGACCUUUGUCAGUAACUUCCUACAUUGACACCUAAAUUGAUUUUAUUUUGCUUGUUAGGACUGUUUUUUUUGUUGUUGUUGUUAAAAUUUUGCAUACAAAGCAUUAAAUGAUCUUGUAAUAUCUGUAUUACAGAAUAAACAAUGAUCACAAAUUAUUUUCAUACUACAGGCAUGUGGAAAGUAUGUACUAUAUGUAUAUGGUGAGUACUGAUUAUGUGUAGGUGUUUCAUGAUGUACACUACAGGUAUUAGCCAUUAUUUAGAAAAUAUGAAUACAGUGUUCCCUCGCUACUUCGCGGUUCAUCUAUCGCGGAUUCACUACUUCGCGGUUUUUUGGAGUGAAGUAUCGAUCGAUACUUCCGCGCUGGGAAUUAUAGUUCUA